AUGGCUGAAUCAAAAAGUUCACCUUAUGCUGAAUGCAAAGACUAUGUGGCGGUAGCCCAGCUGGUCGAGCCAGUUCCCAUUCCAGCGCAUCGGUCUCACGACCCCGCCAAUAAUCAGAAACGAACUGACCCAUUCCAAUUUGGCUCACGAUUUCUCGAAGAAGGCGAUGAUGUCUUCGAGUUCAAUGCCUGGGACCAUGUAGAGGCAGACCCAGAAUAUUAUGAAUAUGCCGAAUUACAAUAUGCGAGACAGCGAGCCUCCCCAGUUUCCGAUUUCGACCGCCAACGGUUCAACUCCCAGCCCGCAAAGUGGUGGAAUCUCUUUUACAAAAACAAUACAGGCAACUUUUUUAAGAAUCGCAAGUGGCUAAAGCAGGAAUUCCCUAUUUUGAGCGAAGUUACGGCUGCAGAUGCGGGCCCGAAGGUGGUGCUUGAAGUUGGAGCGGGUGCGGGCAAUACCGCUUUUCCAGUUUUAAUGAACAAUGAGAACGAGAAGCUGAUGGUUCACGCGUGCGAUUACUCCAAGGCUGCUGUUGAUGUCAUGCGGAAGAGUGAAAAUUAUAAUGAGAAAUAUAUGCGAGCGGACGUUUGGGAUGUCACUGCGACGGGCCUGGAAAAAGAAUCCGUGGACGUCGUUGUUAUGGUCUUUAUAUUUUCUGCUUUGGCCCCUAAUGAGUGGGAACGUGCGGUCUCGAAUAUAUACCAGGUCUUAAAACCAGGAGGCUAUGUCCUAUUUCGUGAUUAUGGGAAAGGCGAUCUUGCACAGGUGCGAUUUAAAAAAGGACGAUGGAUGGGCGAGAAUUUUUACGUCAGAGGUGAUGGCACAAGAGUAUAUUUCUUUGAGAAAGAAGAAGUAUCCCAUAUAUGGGGCAAAUGGACCCCUCAAGGAGGCAUACCUGAGUUCAAGAAAGAAGAUGAAAACCCUUCAAGCGACGACCAUACGUCACCUGAUUCUGGGUUUGAGAUUCUUAACAUGGACCUUGAUCGUCGAUUGAUUGUUAACCGCCAAAGGAAACUGAAAAUGCAUCGUUGUUGGUUACAAGGCCGAUUCAGGAAACGGAUGCCAUCCCACUCUUCGGACGAAGUCCCUCCAGCGCUCGAGCGGACAACCGAACUUAGAAAUUAA